GGCACAAUCACGCUUAGCCAACGGGCAACGGGCUACGGGGAGCGCAUCCUUGUAAGCAUCCAAAAUGGAGGCGACCCUGUCCCCAAAGCCUCACUUCGUGGUCAUCCCAUGGCCAACCAGCAGCCACAUCAUCCCCAUCGUCGACAUCGGCUGCCUCCUCGCCCUGCACGGCGCCGCAGUCACCAUCCUCACGACGCCCGCCAGCGCGCAGCUCGUCCAGAGCCGCGUGGACCGCGUCGGCGCCCAGGGCGACUCUGCCGGGAUCGAGGUCGCCGUGAUCCUGUACCCGUCCGUCGAGGCCGGGCUGCCGGAGGGGUGCGAGAGGCUGGACCACGUCCCCUCGCCCGACUUGGUGCCCAGCUUCUUCGACGCCACCACGCGAUUCGGCGACGCGGUGGCACGGCACUGCCGACUCAUGGCGUCGCCGCGGCGUCCGAGCUGCGUCAUCGCCGGAAUGUGCAACACGUGGGCGAGCGGCAUCGCGCGUGAGCUCGGCGUGCCCUGCUAUAUCUUCCAAGGCUUCUCCGCGUUCGCGUUGCUGUGCUGCGAGUACCUGCACACGCACAAGCCGCACGAGGCGGUCGCGUCGCCAGACGAGCUCUUCGACGUCCCGGUCCUGCCGCCCUUCGAGUGCAAGUUCGCGAGGAGGCAGCUUCCGCUGCAGUUCCUACCGUCCUGCUCCAUCGAUGCGGAGAGUCUGCAAGAGCUCCGCGAGUUCGAGUUGGCCGUCGACGGCAUCGUGGUGAACAGCUUCGAAGAACUAGAGCACGACUCCGCUGCGCGCCUCGCCGCAGCCACCGGCAAGACCGUGCUCGCCGUCGGGCCAGUUUCCCUGUGCCACGCGCCUGCUCUGGACGUCUCAGACGAUGCAACGCGGUGCAUGGCGUGGCUGGACGCCAAGAAGGCCAAGUCCGUGCUCUACGUCAGCUUCGGCAGCGCCGGGCGCAUGCCCCCGGCGCAGCUCAUGGAGCUCGGCAUGGCGCUCGUGUCGUGCCCCUGGCCUGUCCUGUGGGUCAUCAAGGGCGCCGACGCGUUGCCCGACGAUGUCAAGAUGUGGUUACAGGAGAACACGGACGCUGACGGCCUCGCGGACAGCCAGUGCCUUGCGGUGCGCGGCUGGGCGCCGCAGGUACCCAUCCUGUCGCACCCGGCCGUGGCGGGCUUCAUGACGCACUGCGGAUGGGGCUCCACGCUGGAGAGCGUCGCCGCAGGCGUGCCCAUGGCCGCCUGGCCGUUCACCGCGGAGCAGUUCCUGAACGAGAAGCUGAUCGUGAACGUGCUCGGGAUCGGCGUCUCCGUCGGCGUGACCAAGCCCACGGAGGGCGUGCUGACGGGUGGCAGCGGCGGGGCGAAGGUGGAGGUCGGGAUGGAACAGGUGAAGAGCGCCUUGGAGAAGCUCAUGGACGGAGGAGCCGAAGGGGAAGAUAGGAUUAGGAAGGUUCAGGAGCUGAAGGCGAAAGCGAAGGCUGCUUUGGAGAACGGCGGGUCGUCGUGCAUGAAUCUGGACAAGCUGGUCCAAUCCGUCGUCUGAAAAUUAGCGCAGCAUGUCGGCCCUGAAUAAAUUCUGCUGCUUUCGCUCAUUGAUGAACAGAUUGGGGUUGUUUCUUGCUUGCUUGGAAGAUCGAGAGUGAAAAACAUAUCCUAUGUUGUAAGUUGCAACUGUAUCUCAUGCCAACUCAGUCUACAAGUCUCUUGUUAGGCGCUGCCUGCUUCGUAAAAAAAGAUAACGAAGCUGGCAGCUGCUCUACCAUUUGAAUAAGCAAAGUCUAGAGAAUGUUUACGAAUA